GAUUAGACGAGUUCGGACACAUUUGCUGAAAAAAUUAUACCAUUUAUGAAAUAAACAACAUGCCUGACACGGCGUUUCGAGCACGUAGACGCCAAUCAACCAAGAGACGUAAGAAACCAUCGAUUCGAUUCGAAAAAGUUCUGGAAGAAGAAUCAAAUGAAGAAUUGUUGAGCGAUGAAGAUUUACAAGAUGCUGAGCCGGAAGAAAUUUUGCAAAGAAUUCAAAUACAGAAGGAAAUUAUUGCAAAUGUGAAAAGCAAACCAUGGCCGAUGAAAAAGAAACUGAGAGUACUCAAAAAAGCUAAAGAAUUUGUCGAAAAGUACGAAGGGAGAUUAUCGGAGGGAAGAAGUUACACUGCAAUAGGAAAAGAGGCCUGCAAAAAAGUCAGUAGGUUUUACAAAGAAGUCAAGACGGUUCUUACACCAUGGGAUAAAAGAAUCAAAACAGUGGAAAGCCAUUUCGGUUCCAGUGUGGCAUCAUAUUUUACAUUUCUGAGGUGGCUUGUAUAUAUCAACCUUGUCAUGAGUGUCAUGUAUCUUUCAUUUAUUGUUCUGCCAGAGCUUUUGAAAGGAACAACCUCAGACUACAAAACCAUUCCCCCAAACAAAGAGCACAAGGCCUUGGAUCUUGAAACCCUCUGGGCAUUAGGUGGUUAUCUCGAAUAUUCUGUACUCUUCUAUGGAUUUUAUUCUGACGACGAAGUUAUUGGCAGUGGAUAUCGACUACCGCUUGCAUAUUUUCUUGUUGGAAUCGCAAGUUUUACAUACAGUUUUAUUGCUCUACUCAGGAAAAUGGCGAGAAAUUCUAAAAUCGACGGAAGUGGUGAUUCUGGCGAUGAUUAUACAUUUAGUUGGAAAUUGUUUUGCUCGUGGGAUUAUAUGAUCGGUUCUUCUGAGGCUGCUGAAAAUAAGGCAGCCGCAAUUGCUACAGCAAUACGGGAAUCCAUUGUUGAGGAACAGGAAAAAGAAAAGGAAAUGGAUAAUCGAAAAACUUUACUCAUUUUUCUCCGAAUUAUUGCAAACAUAUUGGUCCUGUUAUUGCUGGCUGGAAGUCUUUACAGUAUUCAAUAUGCUACAGCUAGAGCGCAAGCACAAAAUGACAGUGAUCGGGAGAAGUCGUUUUGGGAGCAGAAUGAGGUUGGGGUUGUCGUAAGUCUUGUCACUCUAAUUACGCCAUCCCUGUUUGAAGUCAUAGGAUCGAUAGAAAAAUAUCACCCAAGAAAUACAUUGCGAAUACAGUUGGGUCGAAUUCUCAUGUUGUAUCUUGGAAAUUUAUAUUCACUUAUGAUUGGUCUUCUCAAUUAUGUCACAACUGCAACAGAACGUAAGGAUGCAUUGCAAGCCAACAUUACCACAGACGGUCAUUCACUGAAUAAUAUAACAAAUUGGAAAAACGUAUCGGCCAUUUCAGCAAUCAAGAAAAGAUCAGUUUUCAACACGAGUGUCCCAUUCCCAAAUAUUUUCACAAUCAUAGAAGAGAAGGAAAGACGUUAUCAAACAGAAAUGCAUUCUACAAGUUUUGUACCGUCAGAGACAUUGCCUCCAACAGCGGAUGUCGUGACUGAUUCAACUACUCCAGCUACGACUGGUUUGAGUGAAUGCUGGGAAACAUUUGUAGGCCAGGAACUGUUAAAAUUGACAAUCAUCGAUCUUAUUUCAACGAUUCUGACAAUAUUAAUUAUCGAUUUCAUACGUGCACUUGUUGUAAGAUAUUUGAAUCCUUGCUGCUGUUGGAAUUUGGAAAAACAAUUUCCGGAAUAUGGAGAAUUUAAAAUUGCAGAAAACGUCUUGCAUCUAAUUUACAAUCAAGGUGUAACAUGGAUUGGGGCUUUCUUCUGUCCACUGCUUCCUAUUAUUAACGUGGGAAAGCUAACCAUACUUAUGUACCUGAGAAGUUGGGCUGUUGUCACCAGCAAUGUUCCGCACAGUAGAGUGUUUCGUGCUUCAGGAUCCAACUUUUACUUGGCUAUGCUGUUGUUCAUGUUGUUCCUGUCGUUAUUGCCAACAAUGUGGGUGAUUAUGCAAUGUCCGCCAUCAAAUUGCGGACCUUUCAGGAAUAAAGAAAGAAUGUACACAGUGUUGUCAGAAACCUUGGAAGAUAUACCAGACUGGAUGCAGUCUGCAAUUGGACACAUGUCAACACCAGUAGUGAUAUUACCAGCUGUGCUUCUACUACUUAUGAUGGUCUACUAUUUACAAGCUGUAUCCAGUUCUGCACAGAACAGCAACUCACAACUAAAAAUGCAACUUCAAUACGAACGAAAAGAAGGACGAAAAACUGUGUUUCGAAUGGGCGCAGGAAUAAAAAAAGAAGCUGACAAAGCAGCAACUGAGCGGACAGCGGCAAAAGUCAUUCCAGUCAAGGCUCAAGUGGAUACUGUAGUGGAAGAAACAAUUCCAAAAAAAGUUACCCCUCUUCGCCAUUAUUCGAGAGGAUCCAGUGUCAGUUCAAUUGGCACAGAUAUGGCUCCUUCGAAGCGUGCAACUCGACCAAAACUUAUUCAACGCGAAAGACCUCGUGGAAAAACAAAUCUACAUUACGAAUCGUUGAAGCGAAAACACCUUGCUGAAAAUAGAGCUGGUCAACGUCAACCAUUCACGGACGCAAGCUCUUCUUGUGCUUCUCCGGGAUGUUACUGUUCGCCAACCACUUCAAGAGAACCAUCUGUUGCGGGGUAUGAUCAACAUGUACAUUAUUCCCCUUACGGCCUUCAGCAACAGAACGUUCUUUUGAAUCCACAAUUGUAUUCCACGGUUCCUCGAUAUUCCUUCGCAAGUAUCGAUGCAGCUGGACGGCCGGCGACGCUACUUCUUCAACCACAAAUGCAAAACGUACCUUGCAUCAUCAUGCCAACCGGUAUCAACCCACAACCUGAAGCUGAAAAACAACAUUACCACAGCGAAAAGGUUUUGUAUGCACAGUACGAUCCUAUGACAGGUCACGUUGGAAAUAUUGUCCAAGAAGAUAUGCCCGGAAUUAGCCCAUCACAUGACAAUGGGAGACUUUCACCUCGACAUUGCUACGGACAAAAGCAUCAGAAUUCUCAACAACGAAGAAAUUCUUAUGGGUUGACAAGACAAGCGAACUUAGACAAAAAUGCAUCAUCAUGCGACACUCAAGACGCUGUAUUUACAUCCGACGCCGAAUCUGUAAGGAAACUUUAAAAUAAAAUUGGAAGACGUUUGCAAAAGUUACCAUCUUACGACAGUGGUAAAUGUUCUGAAAUUGCGAAGGAGGGAUCUUUGACUGACAAUCAAUCUGCAUCAGAAACGUGAUCGAAUCUUGCGUUUCAUUGGCAUCCUAAUUGGCUUUUUCAAAUAUAUCAAGCGAGAUAUUAAAUAGUCUCAUUUGCUUUCAAAUUGGUUGGCAUUACACUUUGUGGCUUCGAUAUCGCCAUCUCUGAGUUUAGUCUGGCGUUUAUGAAUUACUUUGACUAUCAUACCGCCUGUAUUCAGUUCGCAGACGUUGGCCAACA